AUGACACUAACAACUGCGCUCACCCUCGCCUCAGUCCUGCAUACAAUAUGCAUCACGGCCCAGAACCUCUCCUACGGCGCCAACAACUUCUACCGCAGUAACCUGGUGUCUCUCCAGCCCGUCACCUUCCCAAGCGCAUACCAAACCACCAUCGCGGGCAACCUCUUCAUCCCCAAAAACCUCACAUCCACCCCAGCCCCAGCCAUUAUCGUCGGCCACCCCAUGGGCGCCGUGAAAGAGCAAAGCGCGAACCUCUACGCCACCAAAAUGGCCGAACAAGGCUUCAUCACGCUCUCCAUCGACCUCCCGUUCUGGGGUGGCAGCACCGGCGAACCUCGCAACGCCGUUUCCCCAGACCUCUACACCGAGGCUUUCAGCGCCGCGGUCGACUAUCUCGGCAGCAGCACCACCACAAUCACAACCAUCCCCCAGGUUCCCUCCGCCUCGAUCAACCGCAACCGCAUCGGGGCCAUCGGCAUCUGCGGCAGCGGAGGCUUCGUCCUCAGCGCCGCCAAGAUCGACCCGCGCAUCAAAGCCAUCGUCACAGCCAGCAUGUACGACAUGGGCGGCGUGAACCGUCACGGCCUGAACCACUCGCAGGGCCUCACCCAGCGACAAGCCGCCAUCGCGGAAGCGGCCCUGCAGCGCUGGCCUGAGUAUCAGCAUACCGGUCCCGUCGAGUACACGAGUGGAACGCCGAAUGUGCUCACGCCCAACACUUCCGCUGUGGGGCGCGAGUUCUAUGAUUUCUACCGCACAGUGCGUGGGGAGGUCACGCCACCUGGUUCGACGCCGGAAUUGACGACUCACCCGACCCUGACGAGUAAUUUGAAGUUUAUGAAUUUCUACCCCUUGGAGGAUUUGGAUGUUAUUGCGCCUAGGCCGGUGUUGUUUAUCUCCGGGGAUCAGGCGCAUUCGAGGGAAUUUAGUGAGGAUGCGUUCGCUAGGGCUGGGGAGCCGAAGGAGUUGUUGUGGGUUCCUGGGGCCGGACAUGUGGACCUUUAUGACCGGGUGGAUUUGAUCCCGUUUGACAGGAUCACAGGGUUUUUCAAGAGGAAUUUGUAG